AUGGCACCAAAACGCUUCGAGUGGGAGGGCUCCCAAAACGUCGACCCGGCACCUCUCGGCCAGCCUCUGCAGUUUGAGUUCAGCGGCAAGACGGCGCCGAACCGCUUCCUCAAGGCCGCCAUGACGGAGCGCCUGUCGACCUGGGACCCAAAGGACCUGCCCAAGCGCGGCAUCCCCACCGACGAGCUCGUCAACGUGUACCAGCGCUGGGGCGAAGGCGGCCUGGGUGUAAUACUAUCGGGCAAUAUCAUGAUCGACUACGACCAGCUAGAAGCGGCCGGAAACCCCAUCGUCGCGCCCGCCAGCGACCCGGAGCAGCGCAAGUUUGAGGGCCCCCGGUUCGAGGGGUUCAAGAGGCUCGCAGAGGCCAGCAAGGCCCACGGCAGCCUCAUCGUGGCUCAGGUCUCGCACCCGGGCCGCCAGGUCCCCGAGAUGAUCAACCCGCACCCAGUCUCAGCGAGCGACAUCCAGCUCGUGAGCAAGGCGAUGGGCAUGACGUUUGGCAAGCCCCGCGCCAUGACGCAAGAAGACAUUGAUCAGGUCGUCGAGGGCUUUGCCUUCGCGGCCGAGUAUCUGCACAAGGCUGGCUUCGAUGGUAUCGAGCUCCACGGUGCCCACGGCUACCUGCUCGCCCAGUUCCUCUCCCAGACGACCAACAAGCGCACAGACAAGUACGGCGGCUCGCUGCAGAACCGGGCGCGCAUCAUCUUUGAGAUCUCGGACGCCAUCCGCAAGCGGGUGCCCGACAAGUCGUUCAGCGUGUCCAUCAAGCUCAACAGCGUCGAGUUCCAGGACGGCGGCAUCACGCCCGACGAGUGCAAGGACCUGUGCGUGGACCUCGAGAAGCACGGCUUCGACUUUGUCGAGCUGUCCGGCGGCACGUACCAGUCGCUCGGCUUCAAGCACGCGCGCGAGUCGACCAAGAAGCGCGAGGCCUUCUUCAUCGAGUUCGCCGAGAGCAUCCGGCCCAACCUGCACAAGACAAAAGUCUACGUCACGGGCGGCCUGCGCAGCACCGGCGCCAUGGUCGAGGCGCUCCAGUCGGUCGACGGCGUCGGCAUGGCCAGGCCCGUCACCCACGAGUUCGACCUCGGCAGGAAGAUCCUCGAGGACAAGGUCCCCGGGGCCAUCGAGACGCUGCUCGACGAGUCCGACUUUGGCAUCACCAACGUCGCCGCCGGCACGCAGAUGCGCCUCGUGGGGCGCGGAAAGGAGCCCCUCGACCUCAGCCGUGAGGACCACCUUGGGGUCUUCAAGCAAUCCAUGGGAAAAUGGGGCAAGGGCAUGCAAGACAAUGCCGACAACUCAAAGUAUGGCUUUGUCGAUGUUGACGGGAUCGAGCUUGCGCCUUACGGGACCCCAUAUGCAGCGGCCGCGUAG